CUAUGCUUGUCAUUGUCACCGUUGCCGAAAACUUGUAAUAUUUUUUCAUUAUUUAGCGAAUAAUAUUUGAUAUUAUUUAUAAAAUACAGUAAAUUAGUGCGUUCAACAGCUAAAACCACAAUGAGUUCCAUCGGUACUGGUUAUGACCUGUCUGCCUCACAAUUCUCUCCCGACGGCCGGGUUUUUCAAGUGGAAUAUGCGGCAAAGGCAGUAGAAAAUUCUGGAACAGUCAUAGGACUCCGUGGAAAGGAUGGAGUGGUCUUUGCUGUAGAAAAACUGGUAACUUCAAAACUAUAUGAACCCGGUGCGAACAAGAGGAUUUUCCAUGUUGAUGAACAUGUUGGAAUGGCAGUAGCUGGUCUAAUCUCAGAUGCAAGACAAAUUGUAGAGACAGCUCGCACGGAAGCAUCAAACUACAGAUCCCAAUAUGGUGUCCAGGUCCCAUUGAAGUAUUUGAAUGAACGUGUCUCUAUGUAUAUGCAUGCAUAUACAUUAUACAGUGCGGUACGCCCUUAUGGGUGUUCUGUUGUCAUGGGAACAUGGUCUGAUUAUGAAGGCCCGCAAAUGACGUUGGUGGACCCUAGUGGAGUUUCUUUUUCAUACUUUGGAUGCGCGGUAGGAAAAGCGAAGCAGGCUGCCAAGACUGAAAUCGAAAAGCUCAAGCUCGCCGACAUGUCUGUUAAGGAUCUGAUCAAAGAAGCUGCAAGAAUUAUCUACCUAGUCCACGACGAACUCAAAGACAAGCAGUUCGAGCUGGAAAUGUCGUGGGUGUCCAAAGAGACGAACGGCAAGCACCAGGUCGUGCCGACACAGAUGGCCAGCGAAGCUGAAAACCUUGCGAAACAGGCGUUGGCCGACAUUGAAGACUCCGACGAGGGAGAUAUGUAAAGG